UCAAGAGUUCAUAGUCAGUUCUGUGUCUGUAACAAAGUUUUUUGCCUUUUAAAGUUAUAAAUAGAGCCCCAGCGGACUCCCCGGGAAGUCGUUUUGUGGUGGAUCGGGCUUCCCCGCAGUCCCGCUGCCACAGCUGUCUGCUCUCAUCAGCCCCAGCUCCAUCCGUCCCCAGGCACAGGGCACAGCAAAUACUGCAAACCCUCGUCAUCGCUAAGAAUAAACCUUUCAACAACAACAGCCUCUGUCAACCUGAAUCAUCCUGGGGUCUGCUUUGGGAAAAUGACCCAGCUAAUGACUUCAUGUUAGAUGCUCUAUAUAAGUCGAGGGGAAAGAACAGGCGUUCACAGAGUGCCCAGGCUGGAUUUAAUCAAAGCCGGGAAAGAACCUCGGAAGGGAUUACGGUUGAGUGAGCUCCGCAGUUAUGUCACAGCCAGCUCCUGUGAAAAAGAAGCGUCCUCCAGUGAAGGAAGAAGACCUCAAAGGAGCUAGAGGAAACCUUUCCAAAAACCAGGAAAUUAAAUCCAAAACCUACCAAGUGAUGAAGCAGUGUGAACAAAUGGGCUCUGCAGCACCCUCCAUAUUCAGCCGGGAUCGGACAGGGGGUGAAACAGUCUUUGAGAAACCGAAAGGAGAGCCAGCCAAGAGCAUCUUUGGCUGACAGCAGAGCUGGAUGUGUCUCACCCCGAUGAUUGUCACAACAUUUUCACGGAUUUCUGCCCCUUAUACGAAAGUCACUGUAGACCUAAGUAGCUAAUUUCUACUGUAAGUCAUUAAGUAGGGAAUAGACUCACAUCAAAGG